AACAGAGAUUUCAGUGUUUUAUUUUUAAAGUGAUCAACAGGAUGAAUAAUACACACAGAAUGGGUGAAAGGUCACACAAAAUACUAUUUUCAAGUUGCCCAGAUUGUUUUGGAUUAGGUCAUUUUUUAAGAGAAAAAUCCUCUGACUUUAACUUUAAUUUAAGACUUGAAUGUAUUUAAACAGAUUCUGAAGGAUAAUUUAGUUCCAUUAGAAUUAUUCUAAUUACAACAGUGUGUAUUGUGUUCAGUUGAUGGGAUGAGUACCAGACAGUGCUGAUUUAAUCAACGCUUCACAUCAAACUGGAACCAAAUACAGUACAUUGAUAAAUUGUGAGUAGUUUCCGAAUUUCGGCAGAUCACAAACAAUUUGACGAACCUUAAAACCGCAGGACGAGUUCACAAACAAUCCAUGAAUAUAUACUGUAUAUAUAUGUAAAAAAAAUCAAUGAUUAGUUCAAACUUCUAUUUCGUUGAUCUAUGUGGUGUCAAUGGAUGACAUUUUACUGAGCGGUGGCGCCAUCUUGUGGCGACAAUUUAGUCUUACAUACUACGUGUCACAGUAUACAUAUUCAUUUGUGUUUUUCUUUGCAUAGUACGUGUACGUGCAUUUGUGCACCCGCGUGAACCAAAGGAUUUGAUAGUAGUAGGCUGCAAUACCUCGUAUCAUCACUGGGGGUCACUGAAAUUAUACAAGUGAGAACAAACCUCUUUAGGUAAUGAACAAGAGUGGAAGUAAAAACAGAAAAUAAAAGCUGUUCGACCAAAUAGAAUAUAUAAAAUAUUCAACAUUCAUAUUUGAUUUCUCUUUAAUAUCUUUAGACAUAAUAAAUGUAAACACUGGCUGCAUCCCACCUCAGUGAGUGGCCAACCCCCCCAGUUUGGGAACCACUGGUUUAGACAAUGUAAAAUAACUGGUCCUCUAAAUGUAGAGUAAGUGUUCAGGAGGGUCCGGUGGUCUGCUCCUGUGUCCACAUCCAUCACACAGACGCUCUGUCCCUUCCUGUGACAUCAGGCUCUCACCGCUGUGCGCAACAUCACAUGAAGGUAACCGGCGGUGCAGGAUGGGAAAGCAGGGGGGUUAGAGUGUGUCUGUGUGAGAAUUACAUCCACAGGCGUCUGCUGCUGGACACACACCGACAUUAACGCACUUUUCUGCGUCUGUUUUCGACCUGAACUGAAAAAAAGUGACUGUUUUUUUUUUUUGGUGCGUAAAAAUAUUCAGAUCGACUGUCUAUUGAUCUUUCACCAAACGGGAGAAAAUACCCUUUAGGUUUCCUCACCGGGAAUACUGAGCAACCAGAAAAUAGGUUACGUUUCGUCUCUCUCUCUUUCUCUCUCUCUCUUUUAAAGUUGUUUAUUCAGAGCCACAGGAUCUUUGAUGAUCCGGACACAUCGCGGUUUACGUCCAGAUGAUGAAACCCUGGAGGCAGCGUCUCUAAAAUGGCAGAGAUGGACGUGAAGUCAGCAACCAUGGACGCGUUGGUUCGCAUCAGCGUGAGUAAACGGACGCUUUAUUCAGUUCAUAUCGGAUUUCAAUGCCGCCGUUUGAUAUUUGUGGCUUUUAUCAUGUGUUUUUCGCGUGCAUGUGUGUUAUUAAUAAGCCACCAUGACAACAGUGUGUGUGUGUGUCUCAGAGCGUCUCUGGUCCACAGGCCUGCAGCCCUUAUUUUUGAAUCUAUGUCUCCUCCCAGAACGAAGGCACUGUAGUAAAACCGUACCUGGUACCGUCUGUACCACCUCGGUGUUUAUGAAACGCGUGCAGAUCAGAUCUACUAUGAUUUCCUGACCUCCUCCUCCUCCUCCUCCUCAGGCUCCAUCGGGGGUAAAUGUUCCUCAGUGUUAGAGGUGAAGGUUUGUGUUGUUGACAUUUUUUUUAAAAAAAUGUCUUUGUGGAGUAAAACAGAAUGUAGGUUAAAUAAAAUAGACGUGUCUCAUUUUUUCUUUUUUUUUUGCGGAGGUGGGGGGUUCGUUUCCAUGGUGACGGGAUGCGGGACAUUCGGCUGUUGCGGAUGUGGACGCUGUUCGCAGCCUCGACCCCGUUGGUUUGAACAUUUGUAAUGAAUUUGCUACAAGUCGGUUAAGAGCAGCCGGAAAUAAUAUUAAUAGUAAACACAUAAAUAUCAGGGUUUAGUCAUUUUACCAUGCGGUGAGGCGGAGGAAGAUGAGGAGGAGGAGGAGGUGUGGUGCCUCAAGCCCCUCCUCUCUUCCAAGUCUCUGCCUCCUCUCCAUGAUGGGGAUGCGCAUGUAGCCUCCUCCUGCUGCCGCUGCUGCUGCUGCUGCUGCUACCAUGGCGCCCAGAUUCCAGGUGAAGUCCAACAUGAAGAGCCUGGAGCAGGAGCUACACUGUCCGGUGUGUAAGGACAUCGUCAAACAGCCCGUGGUUCUGCCAUGUCAGCACAGCGUCUGCCUCAUGUGUGCCUCAGAGGUCCUGGUGGCAAAUGGCUACGCACCUCCGGACCUCCCCCCAGAGCCCAACUCACCGGCCUCCACACCCAACACCCGCUCACCCCGUCAGGCACGAAGGCCUACGCCCAAAGCUGAGCAGAGACCUCUGGACCGUGUGCUGCGUUCAGGUCCCCAUCCGCCCUCGCCUUCCAUGCCCAGAUCCCCCGGGUAUGGGACACGGCGUCGUAAGGAGGGUCCACCCGUGGUGAUGAUGUUCCCCUGUGUGCCAUGUGGUCGAGAUGUGGACUUGGGAGAGAAAGGUCUCACUGACUGUCUGCGUAAUCUCACCCUGGAACGUAUAGUGGAGAGGUACAGACACACAGUGAGCCUGGGCAGUGUUGCCGUCAUGUGUCAGUUCUGUAAACCUCCCCAGGCUCUGGAGGCCACCAAGGGCUGCGCUGACUGUAGGUCCAACUUUUGUAACGAGUGUUUUAAGCUGUAUCACCCGUGGGGGACGCCACGGGCCCAACAUGAACACAUACAGCCCACACUCAACUUUAGACCAAAGGUUUUAACCUGUCCGGAGCACGACCAGGAGAAACUGCAGUUCUACUGUCGGUCCUGUCAGCGGCUGCUCUGUCCUCUCUGCAAACUGCGACGCAUCCACACAGGACAUAAAAUACUUCCUGUGGCCCAGGCACAUCAAGCCCUGAAGGAGAAGAUUACAAAGGAGAUGAACUACAUUCUGUCGAACCAGGACACAGUUCUGUCUCAGAUCACUCAGCUGGAGAGUUCCAUCACACAGACUGAGGUAAACAGCGUCUCAGCCCGAGAACAGCUGGCUCAGAGCAUCAGGGAUCUGACGGCAGCCCUGGCCGAGCGCCACGCUUCCCUCACGCAGGCCCUGGAGACGGCGCGGCAGAAAAGAGGCGAGGCCUUGGCCGCUCAAGUGACGGAGAGACGCAGCCUGAUGGAACACGCAGGGCUCCUAGCUUUCACCCAGGAGCUACUGAAAGAAACAGACCAGCCCUGCUUCGUGCAGGCGGCUCGCCAGACUCACAACAGGUUGAGUAAAGCGAUCGAGAAUCUCCAGCAUUUCACUCUGGCCGCUGAUCCCUCCUUCAGACACUUCCAGCUGGACGUCUCCAAGGAGCUGAAGCUCCUGACGGAGCUGAACUUCAUCCAAGCUCCUCUGGCUCCAGUGAUCGACACCCAGCGCACCCUGGCCUACGACCAGCUCUUUCUGUGCUGGCGGCUCCCACAAGACUCGGCACCAGCCUGGCACUUCUCCGUGGAGUACCGGCGCAGGGGCGUGGUCCCAGGAGGUGCAUCCAGAGGUGGGUUCAGGGGAGGCUUGGCAGCAGCCAGGUGGGGCUGGCAGAGACUGGACGAAGUGAGCGGAACCAGCGCCGUGAUCGACAGGCUGGAGAUGGACAGUGUGUACGUGCUGCGGGUCAGGGGCUGCAACAAGGCCGGCUACGGGGAGUACAGCGAGGAGGUGUAUCUGCACACUCCCCCUGCACCAGUUCUUAACUUCUAUCUGGAUUCUCGUUGGGGUCUCCACGCUGACCGCCUGGUGGUCAGCAAAGAGCAGCGCUGCGCCCGCAGCGUCCCCGGCCUCUCGCUGCUGCAGGCCGCCGACCACGCCCUCACUUCCUGUCACCUGACUUCCGACCUCCUGGUCGGAGAUGUAGCCAUCACACAGGGACGUCACUACUGGGCAUGCUCCGUGGAGCCCAGCUCUUACUUAGUGAAGGUUGGAGUGGGUUUGGAAUCUAAACUGCAGGAGUGGUUUCACCUCCCACAGGACAUGGCCAGUCCACGCUACGACCCAGACAGCGGCCAUGACAGUGGAGCGGAGGACGCCCUGGACUCUGCUCCACCCUUCUGUUUCCUCACCAUGGGCAUGGGGAAAAUCUAUCUGCCCCAGCACAGCUACCACCACCACCACCACAACAACAACAACCGAGACAUCACCAACAACAACAACGGCCCUUCCUCGCCCUCUGGCCACACGUACCCACUGCCGCCCCGGCUGGGCGUGUGCCUGGACUUUGAGAAAGGUCGCGUCACCUUCUACGACGCUCAUUCUCUACGCCCCCUGUGGGAGGGUCAUGUGGAUUGCUCCGGCCCGGUGUGUCCUGCUUUCUGUUUCAUUGGUGGAGGGGCUCUGCAGUUGCAGGAGCUGGUAGCCAAUCGCAACGCAGACCAGACCCCAGUUCGUAGGGUGACCAUCCAACCCCGGGUGUCUAAUCUGAACAACAACUGAAGCCUGAUCUGGAAGGUUGAUUUACAGUAGGAUGAUUUCGGAAUGUUUUUGUUGAUGUGCUGUAUUUACUCAGUCGGGGUGAAAACGUUACACAUCUCAGUGAUUCUGUUUCUUAUUUCAUUUUCCUACCAAGAGAAAAUGUUUCUAUAGCAACAAAUAUGCAAUGUAAUUAAGUUUCUUACGUUUUUGUUACACGCGGUUUUGCAACAAGUAUUGCUUAGUGUUUGGUACAGAAGGUCCAGCACUUUAAUAUGUAACUAUAUCUUUGAUGCUUGCAGUUCGCAGCCAUAUUGCAUACAUUGAUAAAGCUUAUGUAGAUGCAGCACCAUGAUGUGAACAAGUCGUAUUUUCUACAGACGCUUUUACGAAUUUAAUUUCCAGGAAAGUUGGUACACUGUGUGAAAACCAUUCUUCAAAAAUUAAUAUGUAGGUAAGACACAUGCGACACACGCCAAACUACUUAGAACAGAGGCAACUUUACCCACGGGUCAUUCAUUUUCCUUAGUUGGACAUGUUAGUGCUAGUACUUUCAUCAGUUCUGCAGGUGGAAUUCUGAGUCCAUUUUCAAGCUGCUCAACAGUCUUUGGUCUCUGUUCUCUGAGUCCCCUGUCCCACAUGUUUAAAUGGAGACAGAUCUGGACUGCAGGCAGGCCAGUCUAACACAUGCACUUGACAUUAAGAGACAGAGAAAACAGUUCCAUUCUCUCCUAGUUUGUCACUGAUGACCUAGAAACCUCCUGUAGGCCAGAGUGUUUCUGUACGAACAAAAUUAACCUUUAUGUCAUUCCCUGAUAGGAAAGAUAGGAGUUAAUUUCUUGAAAAGGUCCUCUGACUAAUGUCCAUUUACCAAAGCCUUGCAUUUUUUUAUGCAAAGAAAACAGCAGGGCUCAAAGGUCAUGCACAUUCAGCAGCCUUUUCCGCCCCUGGUCUCCACACAGCAAGAUUUCCCCCUGACUUUAAACAACAUACUCAGAGCAAUCUCAUUAAAUGUUGUCUGUAUUUUCACUCUAAUUUAGCCUCUGUGCCAAGGUUUUUGGAGUGUGUUUAAAGAAUACAUUUCUAAAUUAUAAAUGAAUAUAAUUAAGUAAGAAAAAUAAAUGUCUGUGACCUUUGAGCUGUUAAAUUGAAGUUUAGAGCAAUUAGAAUUCUUUGGAAGUGUACCAACUUUUCUAGAAAUUAGGUUCUUACUUCAUGCCCUUAAUGUUUCAAGCUUUAGACAUUUUUGAAUUUUUUUAUUGCUAAAUUUGCCUUUCAUUUAUAAAUAUAUGAUAAAUUUUGUGAGUAAAAAAAAAAAAAAAAAAGAGUAUUUAGUGAGUGUGUAACCAGAGUUAAGGACACUUACUGCUGUGCUGUUGGUGACGACUCCCCAGUCAUUCACACAAUGUGGUCACAACCAGAGCAGUGUUGUCUCUCUGGGUGUUAGUGUGGUAAAUUAGAGGUAGAGAGGAACAAUGAGGCAAUACUGUAAUUAGGAGCAAUUAUGGCUCUGCUGCUGCAGAGCUAAUCACUACUUCACCCUGCUUCUGUUUGUGCAUCGCUAUAUUCAAACACACAUGUCUGCACAAGUGUGUGUGUGUGUGUGUGUGUGGGUUGACUGACAACAGCUUUGAUGGUGUGGAUCAGACUUAAACAUUGUUUAUUCCUUCAACUGAUUUCUGAUCUGAUUUUCUUCUGGCAAACGUUACAUUAACGAGCAGCGCGUCCCCUGAACUGGUACAAAUCCUUGUAAACUUCACCUGCUGGCAGAAUGUUUGAAAUAAGCCUUGAAUAAAUUGUUUCAAUUACGUAUUUAUUUCAGUUUUAUGUUAAUCCUUUUGUACAGUUACCCUCGACCCCCGCAAACCAUUUUAACCAAACUCACGGUGCAACAAUGCUCUUAUGUGGCCACUAGGGUGCAGCAAAGCACAGUGCAGCUUAACUAAACCAUGGCGCUGAUAUACAGCAUCCAACACGGAAGAUCUCGGCAAUGAGUGAAAGAGCAUUUGCUGAAAACCCAUCCUUGAGCUGACAGUCUUUCUCUCUGUAAGUCUACAGGUGUUGACAACCACUAUAACAAAUAGAAGAAAAAGAAGAAGAAGAA